UCUGCACUUCCCCUCAGUUCCACCAAGUCUUUUUCUGAUCUCCGGGCCCUCCCCUUCAUUUCAGUGUCCUUACAUGACAUUAUAAGAUUUUUGAACACUGUACUGAACAAAGUCAGGCUUCCCUGAGGACUCCCCAUCCUCAUAAAGUCCACUAUGACAGACUUCAUGGCGUGUUUGCGCCGCUACAACUGUCCCUGCUCACAUUUAUCCAGAUCUCUGUGCCCAUGUGUGUUUGUUUUUCCAGGGGCGGUUCCAGUCCCAGAGAGCCUGUUGUUCUCUCCUCCUCAACUGGUUCCACUGGGGCAUGUCUCCUUCGAGGACCUGCUGAAAAGUGUCAGCCCUGCUGAGGUGGAGGAGCUGAGGAGAACCUGUAAAGGCAGCAUGCAUUGUGUCCACGACACCCUAGCAUCCGGCAGCUCUGACUUUGGCCUGCAGACUCUGGACGCCAAGAAGCGAUAUCAAAAUCUUACCCUGAUCUGUGGUAACAUGCCUCCCAUAGUGACAGAGCCUACAGUGAUCCACUGUAAGGUCAACUCUACCGUCAACAUUCAGAUUGUUGCUCAAGACCCAAAUGGAGACCCCAUCACCUACUCACUGCUCCACCCAAGGCCUCCACGGGCUUCUGUAGGCAGCGGUGAUGGCUUCCUGACAUGGACGCCCCUCACCACACAGCCUGUCCAGCUGACAAUCAAAGUCAGUGACGAGCUCACCAGCUCCCUGUUCACCCCUAUACUGCGCAUCUGCAACUGCCUCAAUGGUGGAGCCUGCCAAUAUGACAGCAUCACUGAAAACCACCAGCAGGGAAGGUUCCAGGUGGUGGGGUGCCUGUGUCCAAAGGGAUUCAGUGGAAAGUUCUGUGGGAAGACUGUAGAUGUAUGUCAAGGCAAACCUUGUUUCCGCGGGGUGCAGUGCCAGUCAAAGUCAGAGCCCGGCCAGUUCACCUGCGGAGAGUGUCCUGAUAAUACUUUCUCUAAUGGAAAACAGGGAUACAAGUGCUUUGAGCAGGACAUGUGCAGCCCUCCUUUCCCCUUCCCCUGCCACAAACACGCUGACUGCCACACCACAAAACAAAACUACACCUGCACAUGUAAGCCUGGCUUUACGGGAAACGGACAGAACUGCACAGAUAUAGAUGAGUGUGCAAAGCUCUCAACCUGUCCCAAUGCCAAGUAUGAGUGUAGAAAUACGCCAGGCUCUGUCGACUGCCUUUGUAGAUACCAGAAAACCAAGGACACAGAUGGAUGUGGUGACUCUGUCAAUCCCCCAGGGUAUAAUGUGUUCAACGUCUCUCUGGGCUGGAGGAAGAGAAGAUCUGAUGGACUCAAACAGCUGGAGGACAUUCUGUCGAUGGGUUUCCAGAACAAAUUCUACAACGCCAGUAAAAAGGAUCCAGGACAGGACUCCAGUCCAGGUGUGGCCGAAUAUCGUAUCAAAGUAUCCAGUGAUACACCCCACUGGUACAUCAGAGACUACCUGGCCAGAGUUAGCAGCCACCAUGACAUCAGUGAAUUCGAAGUUGAUGAUCUGGAUGAGUGUACGGCCAAGGAGGCGGUGUGUGUCCAUUCUGCCCUCUGCACCAACACUUACGGGGGCUACAGGUGUGUUUGCAAUGACACAACUGAAGUGGAUGACACACAGUCCUGUCUAUCAGGUGAGGAUCUGAGCAUGCUUUACAUCCAUUCUACAAGUACACUGCAAAGGCUCGAGGGCUAUUAA